AUGCUUGAACUGCCGGACCGCUUCGACCCGAAUGUGCAGCCGUUGGAACAGAGCCUUGAGGACGAAGAGCGCGCGGAAUACCUCCUCCUUCUGCGUGACGUACUCUGUCUAUCCGAAGAUGACAUCAGCAAGGUGAAGCAAGAAGUCGAAGAGGGGUCUGACGAGCUACUAAAGGUCCCUGGCAAUCGCUCUUUGCCCUUGGAGACUGAAAAGGAUGGCAGGAGAGACCCUCCCUCUCUUGCACGCCCUACGGCGCGCUUUUCGAGAAAAGGACACAAUGUCCGAGAAGCGCGGAUCAUCUGA